AGCUGCACACACGCAGGAUGCCUUCACGAUUCCGCAACCUGUUCAUCACGGUUAUGUCACGGAGAACGGUUCGAUAGCGCAAUACGGCCCCCAUGUGACUCGCUCUUCUGCUUUCCCUGCCCUCGUUUCAUCUCUACUCUUUUUAUUGUUGUUUCGUCCCCUCCUCAACCAGCCUUAGUACUCUCUUCUUCUUCCUAUUCCUCCGGCUCCGUAGAGCGGGACCGUGCAAAAGAUGCUGCGACGUUCUGCGCGGUCGCUCGCAACGGCGCUGGGAAGCGCCCUCCCGGUGCACCGCGACACGACCCGCAAACCCACCAUGUCGACCGAGGUGGGGAACUGGCUCUACAGGAAGGAGACGAUGCAGGAGUUCAAUCGGUGGUGCCGCGCCCACCAGGUGCGAGCCUACGGCAACGUGAAGAUGACGUCCACCAUACACUUCGCGCGGUGUCUGCGCCUGACCAAGAGUAUCGCGCCCGGCGAGGCCAUCGUUACCGCACCCCUCUCCGCGUGUUUUAACUUCCUCGUCGUCGCGAGGGAGAUGUUCGACAGCUCGAACAGUACCUUUCCGCUGCAGCUGAACUGGAUGAACUACAAUGAACGGCUCAGCUUCAUGAAGAGUGCGUCCAUCUGCGAGUUUGCCCAAGCAGGGUGGAUGGGGCGCAUCGCCUCCCUCGAGGAGUCGCCCUUCGCGCCGUACGUUCGCUACCUUAUGGAGGACACCCGCGGUCGUGAGGGUAUAUCAAAUGGGAUGGCGAGGGAGCGCGAAGAGGAGAGCGGUAUGCUCGAUCACUACUUGUCAGAGAUGGCGACGGACGCCUGCGAGGAGCCAGAGGUGUUUCUCGAGCACUUCUUCCGCGGCCUUGCCUGUCUGCACCUACGUUCGCAGCCCAUCGAAGCAGAGGCGGUGCAGUACUUCAUGCCAGGGACGAACUUCUUCAAGGUAAAGGCGAGCGAGAUGUAUGUGCCGACGCUCGUGCCGCUUGUGGACGCCGUGCCGCAGCUAGAGGAUGGCAACCACAACACUGUAGUGGAGUAUUUCCCGUACAAGGAUGUGGAGACGCUACGGUCGCAGUGCACAGAGCUGGGGAUUCGCUUCUUUGAAAAAGGCAAAGAGGCCCCGAUUGUAACGGAGGAGGCGCCGUCGGGUCAGGGCGUCAUGCAGAAGAUCAACGUCGAGCAUGAGCUGAUGGACCCGGCUCUGUUGCGGGGUGGUGGUUUUGUGGCCCUGCGUGCGCUGCGGCCGCUGGAGGAAGGGGACGUGCUGUACCUUCGCCGCUUCCCCGACUCGUUGAACCGCGCCGAUCAGCGCAAGAUCGAUGCGCAGAUGAUGGAUGCAAACCGGCUGCUGAGUCGUGACAAUUGA